AUGGUUCUGCUCAGCGAUGGUAGAGGCCGAGGGCGCCCAGCACGUUUGGAACUAACGAAAGAUAUGCUUAUGAUCCAAAUAACUGCCAGUGGCGCGUUUACGGAAAGCCUAAAGGAAUCGACAGCUGAGCCAGGCUCUGCGGAAGAGAGCGGUCUUCUAUACGUUGGUGACGCAAUCGUUGAAAUUAACGGGCAACUGACGGAUGGUAAAACGCAUGAUGAAGUGGUUCAGAUUCUCAGAGAUACGGGCGAU